GGUCUGCGCAUGUGCAGACUAGCAUGUGAGUACUGUGAGGCUGUGUACUGAAAGAUCAAUGUUCCUCUAUCAAGUUAUUAGAAAAUGUAAAAUCUCCUAUGCGCUGGGUAACGUGUUUUAUCUUCUUUGAGUGUAAUGUUGUAAUAUGAACUAGAGCUACAAGAUGAAGGUUGCAGUGGAAGGGUGCUGUCAUGGCGAGCUGGAUAAGAUCUAUGAGAGCAUUAGUUAUUUGGAGAAUAAAGAAGGUGUGAAGGUGGACCUGCUACUCUGCUGCGGAGACUUCCAGGCCGUCAGAAAUGAGGGAGACUUGAAAUGCAUGGCGGUGCCUGCCAAAUACAGACAGAUGCAAACGUUCUACAAGUACUACUCUGGUGAAAAGAAGGCCCCUGUUCUGACCAUUUUCAUUGGUGGAAACCAUGAGGCAUCAAACCAUCUGCAGGAGCUUCCGUAUGGAGGCUGGGUGGCCCCCAACAUCUAUUACUUGGGUUAUGCUGGUGUUGUACGCUUUAGAGGUGUACGGAUUGGUGGUCUUUCUGGAAUCUUUAAAUCCCAUGAUUACAAGAAAGGACACUUUGAGUUCCCACCAUACAAUCAAGAAACCUUGCGCAGCGUGUACCAUAUAAGGAACAUUGAUAUCUUCAAGCUUAAACAGAUCAAGAUGCCCAUAGACGUUUUCAUGACACACGAUUGGCCACGAGGUAUCUAUCACUACGGCAACACAAAUCAGCUUUUGGACAAGAAGAAGUUCCUCAGACAGGAGGUGGAGUGUGGGACCCUAGGCAGCCCGGCUGCUGCAGAGCUCCUAGAGCACCUGCAGCCCAGUUAUUGGUUCUCGGCUCACCUGCAUGUGAAGUUUGCUGCAAUAAUGCAACACCAGGCUAAGAAUAAUGCUGCCCCAAAGAUCACCAAGUUUCUUUCACUUGACAAAUGUCUUCCACAUAGAGACUUCCUUCAGAUCGUGGAGGUACCAGACAGACCAGGCUCCUCCGAGCACCUUGAGUAUGACCCAGAGUGGCUGGCCAUCUUGAAAGCAACAGACAGCCUUCAGAAACCAUCCUGCAAAUUCUGGAACCCCCCGCAGAACAAUGGUCUACAUACCCGGUGGGACUUCAGUGCCUCAGAGGAAGCUAUGAUGGAGGUUGUGAGUGAUUUGAGUGGUGUCCUCUGCAUCCCUGAGAACUUCGGCCUGACAAUUCCUGCCUAUGACCCCAGCCACCCUCAGCCCAAUGCCCACCCAGCCUACUCCACCAACCCCCAAACCACAGAGCUGUGCGCUACUCUCGGUCUGACAGACAUCUAUGUCCUGGGUGGGCAGAGUGACGGGGAGGAGGGCACCACUGGUGCGACUGAAGAAGAGGAGGAUGAGGACAAUCGGAGCACGGGUAGUGUAGAUGAACCCAGUGAAUACCCCACCGACACCUCCGUCCUCUCCAACUCCUAUAACCCUGAUGAAAUCACCAUCGAGGAUGAAUGGGAGGAAGAGGAGGAGGAGUUAGGAUGUGCCGAGGAGAAAUGGACUGACGCAGUAGUUCCAGAAGGGCGGGUUGGGGGUCAGGACAGCGAUAAAGACAGCAGCCCUUUGCGAGCGAUGGCCAACAGACUGAGCUUACCACCCCCGUGCGCUGCACCAGAGUCGGAGGCUGCACUGCGCUCCCCGUUGUCUCUCUCUCUUCCCCUGCCCUCUAACUCAGCAUCCCUCUCUCAGGGCAGCUCAGAGGAAGAGAGGGGCUUUACACCAGCCAGGGUCCCCAAACGCACCAGCGGGGAGAUUGGGCUCACUCAAGUGAUUCACUCAGGCAGCACACCUCAAAUCAAACGAAGGAACCAGAGUAUCUACACAGCAGUAGAAGAUGAAGAGAGUGAGGGGUAGAUCAAUGAAUGCUAUAAUUUUUUAGAUCAUUAAAUUAAACAUUACAUAGAUGGUUUGCCACAUAGUUUAGGGAUUUAAAGAGAUAGUUGAUCCAAAAAUGAAAAUUGUGUCAUUUUCUCACCCUCAUAUUGUUCCAGACCUGUACAACUAAUUCCAUGGGACACAAAAGAUGUUAGGAAGAAUAUUAGGGACUGACAGCCCCAGUCAUCAUUGCAUCUUUUUUUUCAUACAUUGAAAGAGAAUAACAGAAAGUCAUAUGGGUUUGCAUGUAAUGCCAGGUAUCAGUGAUUUCUUUUAAUCUUUUAUUUGUCAUUCAUUUGUAUUUUCCUUUGUGACAGGUUUUAAUGAUGUUGUUUUUAUUUUUAGCCAAAUAUAUCACCAGUUGUUUCCUGGACAAUUCUUUUAUUUUGUCGUGAUUAACCCAGCUUUACCAUUCUGUUGUAAAUACAUAAAUUUUAUAUAUAUAUAUAAUUUAUUUUUUUUUACGUUGAAAUAGAUUCUCCUAUCCCAGAACAGGGAUCCUACUCCUUUUGACCAAAUAAUUUAGUAGACUUUUACUCACUUGUGAUUUUUUAUUUUUAAAUUAUGUUAUAGUGUUUGCUCACAAGGAG